AUGGCCUACGUGAUCCACCCCAGGGAGUCCCGCCCCUUCAGCUUCCUGCACCCCGCCAUGGGGGAGGCGAAGACACACCCCACGGUCACCGCCUUCCUAUACUGCAAAGAACACAAAGACGUCCAACCGGGAAGCUCUGUGGGAACUACUGACGUACCGGCCAAAACACUUCCGCUGGGCCGGAGCGGACCUCUUCCCGGGUGUCACCGCGGCGGCGGCGGAGAUGGUGGUCUGGAGGUCAACUCGUGCCCGAGCGGACAGAAGUACAUGCCACACGGUACGGGGAUGGACAGCGGCUACCACAAGCUCAUGAGCGAGACGUUUCGCGACACAGUUUCCAGCAAGUGCGACCCGUUUCUCCGCAACAAGCCCCUGGCGGUAGUGCUGGACAAGAACCAACUCGAGACUAGCGGCUACGCAGCUGCGCUGGCCGACAUCACAAAGGAGCCUGUGUACGUUGUGGAGGCUUACCUGAACCAGCCCAAAGAACACAACAUCCGCUGGACGGACGGCAUCAUGGAGGUCAGAGACGUGGAGGACCAAUGGCACGCCGUCAGAGCUGCGUUCCGUUACGUCACACAGAAACCGUGGACGCGAAGGAACAAGCUUCUUGCCGCCAUGGCGUAUGAAGACUUCAACAAGCAGCAGGGAGGCACGGGGCUUCGCAUCCGGACCCCCCGUACGUUCCUGCGCGUGACCAAGGCUCAGAUACCGACUGCUGUCCAGGCACUAGGCGGGAAAGCCGUCAUCAAGGUCCCUUACAGCAACUGCGGACAGGGGGUGUACACCGUGACGUCACAGAAGGAACUGGACAAGCUGAUGGCGCUGGACCUUAACUACGAGAAGUUCAUCGUCCAGGCCCUCGUCGGUCACAAGAACUGGUCCAGCUCCCAGUGGCACCACGCCUGCACCCUCCCGGACGAGGAGGGUAGGGAGUACGUCUUCGAUACGCGCUUGAUGGUCCAUGCGACCCCUGACGGUUUCCGGCCGCUCUGCAUCUUCAGUAGACGCGCCCACCUGCCACUACCAGACACCUUGGACGGGACCGAAGAUUCCUGGGAGUACCUCGGCACCAAUCUGUCGAUCAAGGACACCAUCGGCGCCUGGCAGUCGGACACGGAAAGGCUUCUGUCCGUGGACAACGAACCGUUCGAGGCGCUGGGGCUCAGCGUGGAAAAUUUGGUGGACGGCUUCGUUCAAACCGUCAUGGCGGCCACCGCCAUCGACAAGAUGUGCUGCCGCCUCGUACGGCCGGACAACUCGUUCGACUUCGAAGAAUUCGCGGUGCUGGCAGACGACAGAAAGAUCCUGGAAGAGAUCUACGAUUUGUCGGACACAUCUGAUGAAACGAGUGUCGUCAAUUAG